AUGGCACUGGGGGACAGCCUGCAGCGAAGGAGACACGGCCUGUGGGAAGAACAGGGCGACGUGAACGCACACGUGCUCGCGCACACAGCGGAGACCGACCUGAGGGGCAGCGGGCACUCGAACGGAGCCAGCGUGCUUCUGCUAACCCGGCCGUGUGGUGUGCAGGGCCCUGUGGUCUUAUCGUGUGUCCCCUGGCCCCGGGCAGCAGGUGUACCCUGGGGCGACGAGGAGACCGAGACGCUCCUGGCCACCCUGUGGGAUGCUCAGCAUCAUGAGAAACUCCUUCGUGAGCACAGCCAGGCCUAUAGGGCGGUGGCAGGACGACUCCGGGAGCAGGGCUUUCUGCGGACACCAGAGCAGUGUCGCACCGAGUUCACCAGCCUGCCGUCGUGGUACCACAAGGGGAGGGCAGGCCAUGUGCCUGAGCCAUGUGUCCUUUAUGAGGCAGCAGAUGCCCUGUCAAGCUCCCAGGCCGCUGCACCCACGGUGGCAAGCCGUGCUGUUCCUGGCCAAGAGGGAAGGGCUGCAGAGCCCGGAGAGCUGAGUCAGCAGAACGGGGAGCCCACAGAGGUCGAAGGGGCCUGGGCGGAUGGUGCAGCCGGGGAUGAGCAGGACUUCUGGGAUCCUGGCCGGGAAGGUAGGAGACGUGACCUGCCAGUCUUGUUCCCACACAGACUUGGUCUUGAGAUCAAGAACAAAACUAAAACAGAGAAUCAGAAAUGGGAUGAUUCAGGGCAAGCAGAAGUGAAGAAGGCCGUAUGGAGAAAGUGUAGUGAAAUUUUUUGGCACCCUGAGCCCAAGAGAGGCCAGAAGGGUGAGCCUGAGCCCAAAGGGCAAUGAAGACGUUCUCCAGGGGAGCGUGCGGGGAGACCCCCUUCCCAGGACAGGAGGAGUCAGCAGAGACUCCAUGCCGGCGAGAAGGCCUGUGCGCGUGUCCCGAGUGGGGGAGACUGCUCUCAGCGCUCUCUCUGUCGCCACCAGCCAGUCCCCGAACUGGAAAAAACGUCUAAGUGCCAGCAGUGUGGGAAAAGCUUUAGCCGAGGUUCUUACCUCAUUCGGCAUCAAAGAAUCCAUACAGGAGAGAAGCCUCACAAGUGCAGCGAAUGUGGGAAAGGCUUCAGUGAGCACUGCCACCUCAUUGCCCACCUAAGGACGCACACGGGGGAGAGACCCUACCGCUGUGGGGAAUGUGGGAAAAGCUUCAACCAGAGCUCCAGCCUCAUCAUCCACCAGAGGACCCACACCGGCGAGAAGCCUUAUCAGUGCGCUGUCUGUGGGAAGAGAUUCAACAACAGCUCCCAGUUCAGUGCUCACCAGUGAGCCCAUAUCCGGCAGAGCCCCCCGCCGCCCCGCGCACACUGUGGGAAAAGCUUCAACAACGGCGCCCACGGCCAUGCCCACCAGAAGACACACACCGGGGAGAAGCUGUACAGGUGCCCUUGGAGUGAGAAAAGCUUCCCCAAGAAUCCCCCCCUCAUCCACCAUCAGGGGGCACACAGGGAGGACACACUCACACCCAAAAAGGGACACAUGCUGCAAGGGUGUAGGAAAGCCAACAGAUCAAUUCCCUAGUUUGAGUCUCCUGGAGCUUCCAUCGGCUUGUGGAGGCUUCUGCCAGCCAGUCUGUGGCUCAGCAGGAGAACUACAAGUGGAUCUCAAGAACCACAGCGGGACUAGGACUCACCAUUAGAGUGCUGAGCUCUCUUUCUACGUCUGCCUGUGACCCCCAGUCCUGUGUCACCGUGGACUUCCAUCUGCUUUGAACACAGGAUCCAAAGUCCUGCCAGGAAACUAGGGUAACCUUGUUCUGAAGAGAGAAUGGGUGGCUAGUGGCCUGGGAACUGUUUCUGGGGCAGGUCAGAGAAGAAAUUUUCCCUGCUCAUGGGAAGCACAUCUGCAAGUGAAUGGCCUCGAUGUAUCCUAAACCAAUUAAUAUCACUAGGCACCUGCUCUCUGGUACAUCUACCUCAGAGUAGGUCACUGCUCUGUACUCUAGUCACCCAGAAAAGACAGCAAAGCAGGAGGGACAGCUUAAGCCACAGGGUACCACUACUCUAAGUGACUUAAUCUCAGAGCAAGUGUGACAUCUGGGCUCCUCUUUCUAAGAUUUCUCCUCUAGAUCACCCCCACCCAGGUUCCUGGUUUCUUGUGUGUUACAUUUAACGGUUUCAACAGGUUUAUAAGCAUUACUAUUUCUAAUGAAAAUAAAGGUGUUUCUC